AAAGUACUCAUUCAAGAAGGCAAAUCACUGGAUCCCAAAACCACACAACCAUCAAGGCAAUCCCGACCGAACCGAUUGUCAACAUCGCGACUAACAAGCGUAGCUCUCAGAGCGAGCUUUGCGAAUCCCACAGCCACGACGCAAAUUGGCAAGGAGUUGGCAAAUGACUGAGCCCUGCUGUGCCUCCCGACCGGCGGCUCCGCUCAACGUUGGAACCCGCCCCCCAAACACUCCACAUCAGCCGGCGUUUUUGCACACGUCGCGGCCCCGCUAUUCGCAAUGUUGCGGUUGGUCAAGAUCCAGGAUCCUGGCGUGACGUAGGAGCCACUGUCAAUGUCCUUAGCGUAGGUCGGCGAACGGGUCUGGAUCUAGCGGUAUUAGGAGUUUAAUCGCGUGCGAAACGGGUCUCAAGGACGCGGGCGAAUCGGGUGAGUUUUUGCGUACGUCCAGGAAUCCGACACUUUCGCUUUCUAUGUGGUGCGUCGCGUGGCCGCCCAAACGGCCGGAACUUGUUGCCGUUGACCGUCGGUCGUAGGAGGGGUCGAUGAACUCGUUGUUGUUGUUGUUGCGUUUUGGUGCAUCUGGGAGGUUUUAGAGUCAAAAUGGAACAGGUGAUGCAAAAGUACUGCCUACGAUGGAACAACUACCAGACGAACUUGGUCAGAGUUUUCGACGAGAUGCUCAAGAACGAGAACUUUACCGACGUCACCAUAGUCUGCAAUGACGGCAUUCGCUUCAGGUGCCACAGGAUGCUCUUGGCGGCAUGCUCAAAAUUCUUCCAGGACCUCUUCAUCAGCGUACCCGGCGAUCAACAUCUCGUCAUGCUCCUUAAGGACGUCAAACACACGGACAUGAAACACAUCUUGGAGUACAUGUACACCGGAGAGGUUAACGUAGCCCAAGAAGAGAUAUCUUCUAUCAUCAGAACAGCGGAAGAGUUGAAGAUCAAGGGUUUGAUUGGUGAAGAUAAGGUUACGAAGAAGGAAGAAGAACCUGUUGAAGAAGCUCCUCCCAGCAGACCUACUUCAGGUCACAUGCACAGUAACAGCAAUAUGCACUCACCACCUCAUUCCAACAAUGCCAUGUACAAGAAUCCUUAUUCUAAUAUGUACUCCAAAAUGCACACUACCGAGAGGAACAGCAUGCCCAUGUGGCACGUCCCUGGCUUGCCUCUGCCUCCAGUAGCUGAAAAUCCUUCCUCCAAUCACUUUUCCGUACCAUCACCGCCUAAUGUUAUGCCAACCUACGAACAACACAACCAAGAAGUCUACCAUCACAGGAGGAAGAAAUUCUCCAGCGUGAUGAUGCCUAAAGACACACCUAUCUUGAGGACAGUCUUGGGACAAGGGCAAACUGAUUCUUCUCAGCCUGUCAGUUUGGUGAUGAGCCACGCAGAAACUAAGGACGAGAACCAGGAACAAGAACCAUUGAGAAAGCACAUGAAAGAAGAAGUGUUAGAAGACGCACCGUCGCCUUAUUCUGACCAACAGUCCACCAAUGGAGAAGACGUCAAGCCCAACAUAUCCGCAUCAUCCCCUGUCUCGCAUUCCUACCCCGAAAUGACAUUAGGCAUAGCAAACUAUGUACCAGCUCAAAAGCCGGAAUGGAAGAGAUACAAGCAAUAUUCCCGCGAGAAUCUCAACUGCGCCAUCCAAGCAGUAGCCGAUGGAAACAUGUCGGCCCUACAAGCUGCCAAGAAAUACAACGUGCCUUCUAGGACCCUCUACGAUAAGGUUAAAAAGUUAGGCAUUGUGACUACCAGAUCUUUCAAGAGAGGUUCCCAAGGCAAUUUCCGCUAUUUAGCCGGUAGACAGACAGAUUCACCAUAUCACACCUCCGAAAACGAGGAUUCCCCGACUAACAACAACUCCAGGCAUUUCUUUCAACGCACUAUCGACAAACGAGGAGAAGGAGCACUGAAAGCUAUGGCUAUGGUGGCUGCGAUGCAUGCCGCGGCUUCUCAGCACCAAUCUCAAUCCCAGAAUAUGAACCCUGGGUUCGAUCAUGGAGCCACUCCGGCUCUGUUCAGAUACAUGCAUAAGAGAUCGCCAUCCACUGAAGAAGAUCAGCACUCCAACGAUAGGAGUUACGUUCGGCCAGGUGAAGACCCAAAUCCUAACGGUGAAGCAUACACUCAACAACAAAUACCACAUCGAUCACCAUCUGAAUUGAGUGUUGAUCAUCAUUCUGAAAUGAGCGUGGAUCAGGAUGAUGACCAAGUGGAAGACUUAUCUGUCAAGAAGAGGCAAGAAGGAGUGAUUGUGUCGCCAAUGCCUAAGAUCGAAGAGAACGUUAAAGAAGCGAAUGAAGAAGAAAGACAAGAGAUGUGCGUGGAAGAGGUGCGCCAAUUGAAAAUUUAACCUGCAAGAUUGCUGAAAUAGUUUUAACGUACCAGUGUUAAGUUUUAUUCUAUAUAGUUUAUGUUUUUGUAUAAUUACUACAGACUACUAAGUGGCUGACGUCUAAAUACAGACCUUAAUCAGUGCAAUAUGCUUCACGAUCGUACUCAAGUUAGGUUUUAAGUUUUUAGAUUAGAUUUUUCUCAGAGUGCCUGUAAGAGCUUUGUACGAGACCAGCUCAAGAAUAUUUGCUGAUGAGUUCCUGAUCAGGAUGUAACUUAUAAGACUGAUAGAUUUUAAUCGAUUCAUUCAAGACUGAUAAACGAAAGCGUAUAUUAAAUGGUCUCUGUACUUUGCGGAAACCGGAGGUGAUUGUUUAUCUCUCUUUCGGCCAUUUUCCGAAAAUUUAGUUGUACAUAUUUUUGCUGGAAGGCAUUAAGACUUGCUGAGAGGUGCUUUAUAAUUCUGAGAAGGUUGCCACUUGACCGUUGAAAGACUGUUGCAAUCAAAUGAAUUGCUACAAAUAAUAUUACUCCAGCAUAUCAUCUUUCAACAACUAUUUUUUCACUUGUCAACGUGGCAUAUGGCAGAAACUCUGGAUUGAAAGCUUGGGAUAACUUCAAAACCCGAUUCUGACUUUACACGCCUUCUGCAAAGAGUUCAACUCAAUUUUAUUGUACAUUUUUUUGUGAUUAAAUUGUAAUUUCUUAAGGUUCGGUUUGGGGUAUGAGCUGUUUAUACAUAAUUAGAUUUUGAAAUUUUGAGUGAACGUUUCGAACUGCUGAGAAUUAUUGCACCUGUAGGAUAAUUUUACAGCUGCAAAUUCGGUUUAGGUUGAUACGGGACCAAUAUGUAAAGAAAUGUUCAAUAAAUGUGCCUAGUUCAAUUCGACUAAAUGAGCACCAGGAUCAAAUAUUCCUAUAGUUAAUCGUUUAGCUCGAAACGAAAUUCACUCUGUAAGAUAUGUAAAGAGUUCAGUUCACUUGAAAGAUAAAGUAACCACACCUUGCCUACAUUACGACAACGGAGUAGUCAUCAUCAAAAUAUUGAUUGCAAGUGUGAUUGAUAAGGGAUUCAUUUCCUUAUUAUAUCUCUUUAUACAUUUCAAUACUUUAUAUCUGGUAUUGAUAAUUUUUUUUGCAAAUUGAUUUCAAUUCUUCUGCACUUUUGAAGAAAGUAUAACCUAAUAUUAUUUAUAUUCAAUUGCUGUUUUAAAAGCUAAUUUUUUGUUAACGAUCUCAAAAAUAUUUCGAAGUUGAAGUUCAUUUAGUUAGUAAUCUGUAAUUUUUUACCGAAACGCUGAUUAUAAAAUGACUUUGGCGAGAGUGUGGUUAUUUCAGCGUCUCAAGUUUAGUACCGAGUCCACAAAGAACUCGAUUAUUUCAUAAUUGAUAAGUUGUUUGAAAUUGCACGUUCAAUGUUUAUAGCACUUUGUUUUCGAGAUUGUUAUGGAUGUUUUGAACUUGUACCACAAGUAUGAAUUUUAGCAAUAGUUACAAAUUAUAGAAUUGGCCAUAUUGAAAUGCCAUAGCUGUGAUCAACUAGACUGACACCAGACCCACAAUAUUAUGCUUCGUAAAAAUAGACUGGUUUGGCCUAGUCACGAAUCUAUUCAACUGAUAUUUCAAGUGCAAUUUAUUCACAUAAAUGGAAGAAGCACCCGCAAUUUCACCCAUAUAUUUUCAAUUAUGUAUCUACCAGAAGUUUUGUUCUCAUUUUAAAAGACUGAUUGUCAUCACAAUUCACUGUUGGGAGCCCAAAGAGAAUUUCUAAACAAAUCAUAUCGUGCCUUCAGAAACUUGAUACUAGAGUGGUUACAUUCCAACCCUAAAAAAAAAUAAGGUUCUUUUGGGAUAUUCUUGAAAAUAUAUGUUCCAAUAUCACAAUUAUUUUUUGAGACUGAUAUUUGUUACCUUAAUUGUUAAAGCUUCGUUGAAAAUUGUUUCACAAUUACCAUAGUGUUCUGUUACUGCGUUCACUGCUGAUAUAAUAAAUAAUAAGUAUGCUUUACAUGGAUCAACUACCUCAAGUUUUAAGUUAUUUUGAUUGAAAUAUUGUACAUAAUCAUUGUCAUUUAUAUUUUAUAUGGAACUGCUAUUUUAUUACAAAUGUGUGUUCUUUUUACAUUUACGUUAUUUAGACUGCGUAUUGUUAAAUAUUAUUUUUUUUUAAAUAUAAGUACACAAUAUUUUAAUGUUAUUGUUAGAUAUAGUAUAUAUAUUAUAGCACUGCACGAAUGUAUUGCAUUCUUUAUGAAAUAAGUGAAAAUCGAAAGAUAUAUUAUAUAUUCGAAAUUAA